UUUUUUCUUUCUUUCAGAUUAUUAAAUUAAGGAUUCAACAGCUCUACAGAAGUCAUUUCCUCGGUGUUUCGUGGGAAGAUGGCUUUGAUUGGCAGGAGCUCAUUUCCCCUUAGGGGAAUGCAUUCAGCUGUGUGGUGUAGUAGUCGGCAAAUGUGAAAAUGUGAAUCUUGCUUCAAUAGCUGCAUGGCUGUGGGCCAUGGCGCAGGCUGGUGGGCCGCCACAGGCCAGCACUACUUCUGGCCAGCCCUAUGUGAGCAAACUGGUCCUGCUUGGAAGCAGUUCUGUGGGCAAGACCAGCCUGGCCCUUCGCUACAUGAAGCAGGACUUCAGCAGCGUCUUGCCGACUGUGGGGUGUGCGUUCUUCACAAAGGUGGUGGAUGCGGGCUCCUCAUCUCUGAAGCUUGAGAUCUGGGACACGGCUGGCCAGGAGAAGUACCACAGCGUCUGCCACCUCUACUUCAGGGGAGCCAAUGCUGCGCUCCUGGUGUACGACAUCACUCGGAAGGAUUCCUUUCACAAGGCUCAACAGUGGCUGGAGGACCUGGAGAAGGAGUUCCAGCCAGGAGAGGUGGUGGUGAUGCUGGUCGGCAACAAAACGGACCUCGAUGAGGAGCGGGAAGUGACCUUCCAGGAAGGGAAGGAAUUUGCAGAAAGCAAAAGCCUGCUAUUCAUGGAAACCUCAGCCAAGCUGAACUACCAGGUGUCUGAGGUCUUCGGCACUGUUGCCCAGGAGCUGCUGCAGAGAGCAGGAGACAGAGGGAAGAGCAGCUCCCAGGAAGGCGAGGCUGUAGUUCUGAACCAGGGACCUGCUGUCAGGCAGAGCCAGUGCUGUGCACGAUAGAUGCUAUGGAUGCUGCCCCCACAGGAGAGCAUGUGGGGACAUCUCAGCCUGUGCCUCAGAGGCUCCUCGGCCCGGGCAGGAUCUUCAGAACAAGGCUGGUGGCUCUUUGUCCAUGCAUGGUCUCUGAUGAAGACGGACUCUGACCGAGCCCUGGAGGCUUCCAGAAGUUGGCUUCCUUCAUGAUAACUGCUUGCCAAAGCUGAUGGGAACUGUCAGGGAUAGGAUCCAGUGCCAGAUGGCUCCCAGAAGACUGUCAGCCCCACCUUACCAGAUACUACCUGAUUCCUGGAUGCCCUGAGCCGGUGUGCCUGGCCCACCUGGGCUGUCCCAUUCAGCUGCCUUGCUGCCAGCAUGGAAGAGCUAAAAUGAGGCAGAGUAGAAGCAUGGACUGGAAACAUUCUUUGAUCUAUGUGAUGGGAAGACAAAUGUUUCAUCCUGGGGCAGCUGGUCCAUAACUGGACCACCUUAGUUCUGGGAGUUGUCAGGGGAGAGGGGGGCUGAGAAAGGCAUCUGUGCCAGGAAAAAAUGGAGAGAUGAGCCCAAGGUGGUGGGUCUCAGUGAGGUGACCCAGGAGAGGCAGAGUCUGGAGUGGCUGAGAUGGGAGUGUCCCCCUUCCAGCUGUGGAUGUACAGAGCCAGGGUUCUAUCUAGUGUUGCCUGGACUCUAGAGCCUCCAUCAUAUUGUCUAUGCAUCCUUCUCUCUAAAUAUUAAAUGUCUCGACAACGUGA